AUGGGUGUUCGUCCUCCUCGUCCAGCGGGCAUCUAUGUCCCCAACACUCCCACUUGCUCAACACGCGAGAGUAUCUCCGGUCCCGUUUCCCCUGAAUUGAAUGUGGAUUCAGAUGCGGUUGUCCUUUCAACCCUCCCUCUCCUAGAGUACAUCUCCUCCAAAUUACAGCAACGAAUGAUGCAUGUCACACUUCUCGUCGGCCGCGGCAAACCGGUCCCCACGGGCCAAUCAUCUGACCUAAUGGUUAUCCCCGUCAGCCAUCUCGAUCAAACUUCAUACCGCGUUCUGGAACGGGCUAUUGCAAAGGGGUCUAAGAAAUAUUCUCUCGGUCCGGACUGGAGCGAUGCCCUCGGUCGCAGUCAUUACGAGCGUCAAGCAAACGAUUACCUUCUACAACAAUCAAUCUUACAAAAUGAAGUUGUCUUCAGCCAAGAGGGUCUCACCUUACUCAAUAUGGACCGCAUUUAUACCUUCAAACGCCGACUAUGCGUUCUAUCCAACCGACCAAAUCCCCGCCCAGAGGAGCCGGCUAUGGUCUCGACAGUUCAACUUCUCGAGCGACUGAUGGGCGAUUUCCAAGGUCGCCCCUUUAGUAAAGCCUUUUUUCAUCGUGUCUAUGAGCAAUUAGACGUUCGUGAUGAGCUCUUGACCGCCGUCGCAUCUGCGUACAACAACAUGAAAAAGAAGGAUGCAAUCAUACUGCCUGUCAGGGGCACCGCCGAAAGCACUAAAAAUAUACCAAUUCGAACGAUUCGAAUCCGUCGUCCACCUCCAGUUACAUCCGUUAAGAAGAAGUUCCAGACCAAGCGUGCACCAAAAACACCUUUGUCUGCAUCGGAUGUUACACCGAUUACGCGAAACGAGUGGAAUAUCUUCAGUCAGGAUCUUCGACAUGUGCAACCUACUAUCACGAAAUGGACACCAUCUCCAAUUGUGUUUGUCGGGGCAUGA